AUGGGAUCUGGGGCGGGUAAUUUCCUCAAGGUGCUUCUCAGAAACUUCGAUGUCCUUGCUGGGCCUGUGAUUAGUCUUGUUUAUCCUCUAUAUGCUUCAAUUAGGGCAAUUGAGAGCAAGUCUCCUGUUGAUGAUCAGCAAUGGCUCACUUACUGGGUUCUCUAUUCCUUAAUCACCCUUUUUGAACUUACCUUUGCUAAACUCCUUGAAUGGAUUCCAAUAUGGCCUUAUGCAAAGCUGAUUGCGACCUGCUGGUUGGUCCUUCCGUACUUUAGCGGUGCUGCUUAUGUUUAUGAGCAUUAUGUGAGACCUUUUUAUGUCAAUCCAAAAACCAUUAACAUCUGGUACGUUCCAAGGAAAAAGGACACCUUUGCUAAGCGAGAUGAUAUUCUAACUGCUGCAGAGAAGUACAUCCAAGAGAAUGGAACAGAUGCAUUUGAGAAUCUGAUCAAUAGGGCUGAUAAAUCCAGAAGGGGUGGCGGUUAUUAUACAGCGUAUGAUGAGACUUAUUGA